CAAAACUGUCGCCUCCAAGCUCAAACUUCUGAAGUGAUUCAACAUCUCCGUUCUUUCGUUCUCCUACAAGGAUGAUACAUCGUUGAGUAAAUCGGACUGGAACUGUGUCACGAACAUCGCGAAGAAAUACGAUGAGAAAUAUAACUGAAUUGCGCAACGAACGGAUUUCCAUUACGAACGGAUUAGAGUUAUAUCAGGUGCAAUGAAUAAUGCAAAGGUCAACUUCUACUAGACGCGGAGAGGAAUAUACAUAUUUUAAAGGAAAGGGAAAUGAAAAUGCAAUAAUUUACUUUAAUUAAUAUGCCUCAUAAAUAUGGAUAAAAUGAUAACGGAAGUUCACCCCGGUACUAAUUACAACAAGACUUUACUGAUUUUCCAACGAAGUACUUUCAUAAUCAGUGAUGGAAACCUCAGGCUGUCGAUGAAAAAUAAAAAAUACUAAUCUCCGACCUGGUCAUACAUAUCUUAUGCUUUCUACAAAACGAGAAGAUACUUCUUUUCUACCAUUUACAUAACAAAGAAGCCGAAAAAAUUUAAACGAAGGUCAUCGUACGUCCGUUUCAUCCCGUUAGACUUCGUCAUCGAGCAAGACGUACUUUCAUUCUCGUUUAUCCUGAAGAAUGUCCCUGAAAUCGAAUCCACGAUAGAGAAGCCUGUUCGAGGGAGCUCUGCGGUUAUGUUACACGAACAAGAUUCCCUACUGCAAUCGCUCACGGUUCAAAGAUUUCGAAUUCCUUACAGAGAAUUUCCAAGCCAGUUGGUGUAACAAGUUUGAUCUUGAAGAGAAACGUGGUUACGUUAUUUAUCAGGUAACGACAACAUUUCUUUCUAAAUUCAUUUUCUACUUCAUUUUCAACGGAGUGCAUCGCCCUAAGGCCAGCGCCUACAUCGAUCGUCUGUCGAGCAGAAUUCUAUUCUACUCGAUGUCAAAAGGAGCGCCCUUUUAGAGAUGCCGUUCACCUUUACCGUUACAGGUAAAGGGCAUUGCACGGUUCCUCGAAAUGCAGGGAACGUCAACGCGUGAGAAGCACUCGCAACAGGAUGCAGAAGAAGAACCGUUGUAAUCUCUUCGUGUCUCUCGACUCCUAGAGAUUACGUGAUCUCUUGGAAACAGGGUCCACCGUUGUCCCGAAUCUCCAUAUAAAAGCAACCUUUCGGCUCUUUCCUCGUGCAAUUACAUACACAUGACUUUCCAUAAAAGGUUCACUUGAUUUCAUUUUAAAGUGAGAUCAAGAUGACUCACGGUGGUACCUUCAACAUCUUAUGUCCGGUUGAUUAUGACAGUGGAAUGUAUUAUAUUACGUCGAUUUUGUAACUCGGAAUUACGUAACGGGUUAGCCAGUUACCGAUCUACGCGUGUAGAGUCAAAUAUUUAGUUAGACGAAGGUUCCUAUUUUAACUUAAAUGAUGAUCGAAUCAUCCUGUGCCGGUUAUGUAACAGGUACUUCACCCUAACGGUUGCUGGUUAAGUCCCAUUUCUGAAUACUUUUACCGAAUACCUACAUUUAGAUGUAUAUUCAAUGCUUUUUAAAUAUUUCAGGUGCUACUACCUUUUCUUAACUUUUAAAAAUCUUGCUCUAGAAACCCAUAAAUCUUCAUUUAUAUCUUUAAUGGAUAUAUCUGUUACAACUGUGAAUUCUUCGGACCAUGAGAGUGUAAAUCAUUUGAUUUAUAAACUACUAGGUGUGGCUUGUAACUAAUUAGACUAGACUCUUGGGGAUCAACUUGUGUUGCUCAGUUUAGAAUUCGAUGCAGUGAUACUGUCAUCAGACAGGAUGAUUAAGAUGAGGAGUCGAAGAGGAAAGGAGUAAAGUAAAUUUCAGAUUAAUCAAAAGUUAUGCAAUGGAUCGUAACGAAAGCUGCUUCCACGAUAACGGAUACUUUUCUCCUUUCGGAGGUCAAGAAAGACCCGGUCGAUUGCGUUGAAAUUUCGCAACCGGGAAUUUUCAACGAAAUCAAUGAUCCACGAUAUUGCAAAUCGUGAUUGUGCAAAUCACAUCGAGUGGAUUCUGGAGAAAUUGGGAAAUAUUGGGCCCGGAUUUCAUUCCCAUUGUAUCAUCGAACGUUAGGAAACCCACGCACGAUACUCUACUAGUUCUUUAGCUCACGGAACUAUUGCAAAUUCAACUGAAUCCUGUUAGACUAAGGCGGAUCUAAGAUAUUCUCUAUAUUUGUUUCUGUAUUCGAGAAACGUGCUAAAAGAGAAUUUAUGGAAUACAGGUUACUCGUGGAUGGACUAUAAGAUGCUUUUUAAGGGUAUUCCUUAAAGAUCACACUAGAAGACAUAAAUAUAUUUUCAACAAAACCUGCAAGCAAAAUAGAGAUAAUUAAAAUCUCAAAUGAAAACUUAAGAAGCAUCGGCUGUUCCACUCUUCUUCUGGGAGUGACUGUCAGGGAGGAUGAAGGAAAUUACCAAAAAAAAAACCAAGAAGGGAGCAGGGACUAGAAUUAGGUUCCUGUCUCGGAGAAGUUAGGUAACAGCACGUUGCCGCAGAGUUGAUUCCAAGUGGUUGGUUCAGUCUGGCAGUGGUACUCGAGCGAACACCAUCGUUUUCAUUUCGCGCGACUCGCGUCAAUCGCAGGAUGUCAAAAGACGCCGAUCCAAGGACUAGGUGAACUUCAGUGAAUAUCGGUGAUGUGAUUACUAGCAGGCAGACCAUCAUCAUGUUCACCAUGAAAUCCUCAUUCACUUUACGAGACUUGCUAGUGGUCAUUUGGUUCACGUCGAUGGUUCAACUUCGCGCGAGGUCAGCGAUAAUGCCUCCACCAUGGGCUGACCCGUCGAGCAAUCCCUGCGCCGCACAACCACGUGGUUGGCAAUUGUUAUUUUGGCCGCCGGAUGGAAAGUGUUACAAAAUAUUCCAGAUCGGGCCACCGUGUCCAGAAACGAUGGAACUAGGUCCUGCAGCAGGUGGAGGUGGAACUGUGGCAGAAUGCAGAUGCCCUCCAGGGACUGCACAAUCCCCUAGAGAUGCUCUUUGCCAUCCAAUAUAUACCAGAGCAUCUUGUCCAAGCGGACAGUUCUUUGAACCUGUACCAGAGACUUCUGGGAAGUCCAGAUGGGGCGUCUGCCGUGAGCCAGAGCCAUGCACAGAGAAAGGAGAAGUGUACUGGCCUAGAGAUGGCAAGUGUUAUCCUAAAUUUAGCAAGGGACCAUGUCCAAAAGGAGAAAUUCUUGCUACGGACGAAGAUGGAUUGACUAUAUGUUCCUGCUCUACAACUGGUGAAUUGGGAAGAUAUCACUGGCCUGGGAGUAUAGGUGGCUGUCACGAGCACUAUACCAAAGGUCCCUGUACAGAACCUGGAGAAUUAUUCUUGCCUGGUGGUUCGUGUGGUUGUCACUCUAGGUUACCCCAUUAUCAUGAACCAACUAGAAUGUGCUAUCAAUUAGGUGGUAUUGGUCCAUGUCUCAAAGGGCACUAUUAUGUUGUAACAAACUCAGCAUCCAAUGAAGAUACAGUUCGGGCCAGUUGCGUGUGCAAGCCAGGUCAUGUUCUCUAUAAAAAUGGAUUUUGUUAUAGACUCUAUACAAGAGGACCUUGUGAACCUGGUUACAUGUUGAUGAAUUCGACGGGUUGCGCUCCUGUACCUUGCAAACGUGGAAGAUUGUACAUUCCACAAGAAAAAACAUGUUAUAAAAUAGGAACUAGAGGGCCAUGCCCUAAUGGACAGAUCGUUCUAUACGAUUAUAAUGUACGACCAUCUAUUGAUGGAAUUAGUUACAAUGGCAUGUGUGGAUGCACCAACAUAUUCAAAGACUCUGAAAAAUGUUCUGAAGAGAGUAACGAUAGCUGUGAAUCUACACCAGGAAUGGUAGAAAUAAACAAAACUUGUUAUAAGUUGUACACUCAAGGUCCAUGCACGGCAGGAGAAUGGUUGGUUGCACGAAGAAUGCCAAAACCAACAUUGUGGGAAAGUAAAGAAUCAGAACCUAGAGCUCGAUGCGAAUGCAGGCCUGGGUACAAAAGAAUCACAGAAAAUUCAGAAAUUUCUGAAUUAGAAAAUAAUAAUCUCCUCUCACCAGGUAGUUGUCAGCCACCUACGGUGAGCUUAGCAAAAUUUCUUAACGAAAACGUGAAGUCGAUAAAUCUUUCGGUAAGAGAAAUUGAACUACCAGUACAUUAGUGAUAAAAAUGAACUGCGACACGCAGAAGCUGUGUGUAAAUUUUUAAGUAAUAUAUGUAAAUAGUAUUGUACAAAUGUCACGCGUGAAAUAGUUGUAAUAUCUCCGCCUAAAUUUUCUAAGAAUUUUUAUUUAUUUAACGACUUAAGGCUAUGAAAUUUUUCAUUUUACCGAUUAAAUUUGACCAUUGUUACUAGAAACGUCUUGUAAAUAUAUAAUUUAUAGGAACAUUUUUUAGAUAUAAAUCUUUUAGAGA